AUGAAAAAAGCCGAUAAAGGUAUCUUUAUCGGCUACUCAUUAACUAGUAAAUCCUUUAGAAUCUUCAAUAAAAGAACCUUACUAGUCGAAGAAUCAAUGCAUGUAACUUUUGAUAAAACUAACCUAGUGAAAGAGGACAACAUUAUUUCCUAUGACGAUGAUGAUUUUGAAAGUAAUGAGACAAGCAAGGAACAUCAACCUGAUCAACCAAGUCAAGAAAGUGAAGAUGAGGGAGGCCAGGCUGGUCAGGAUGAGGGUGGUCAGGAUGAGGGAGGCCAGGCUGGUCAGGAUGAGGGAGGUCAGGACGAGGGAGGCCAGGCUGGUCAGGAUGAGGGAGGCCAGGCUGGUCAGGAUGAGGGAGGCCAGGCUGGUCAGGAUGAGGGAGGCCAGGCUGGUCAGGAUGAGGGAGGCCAGGCUGGUCAGGAUGAGGGAGGCCAGGCUGGUCAGGAUGAGGGAGGCCAGGCUGGUGGAGGUCUGGGUGGUGAGGAUGAGGGAGGCCAGGGUGGUCAUGGUCAGGAUGAGGGAGGCCAGGGUGGUCAGGAUGAAGGUGGUCAGGAUGAGGGUGGUCAGGAUGAGGGAGGCCAGUCCAAAGAAAGAAGAAGGAUAAGGAGAUCAGUAGUUCCUUCUCCACCUCAAGCUCCUUCUCCACCUCAAGAUACUUCUCGCCCUCAAGAUUCUUCUCCCCCUCAAGAUCCUUCUCCUCCACCUCAAGUUCCUUCUCCAUAUUUCCACCCAAGAAGAAGAAGAAGGAUAAGGAGAUCAGUAGUUGCUUCUCCACCUCAAGCUCCUUCUCCACCUCAAGCUCGUUCUCCACUUCAAGCUCCUUCUCCACCUCAAGCUCAUUCUCUACCUCAAGCUCCUUCUCCACCUCAAGAUACUCCUCCCCCUCAAGAUCCUUCUUCACCUCAAUAUCCUUCUCCUCCACCUCAUAGAGUUGAAGUUUGUCCUCCUCCACCUAAUACUGAAGCUGCUGGAAAUCGUGAAAGGACUACUUGGAUUGUACAUGUGAUUCUCCAUGGCAUUGAAGAGUAUAUUGUUCUUAAUUUGACUGAUCGCAAAGUUGCAUUUGCCUGA